AUGGAUUCCUCCUUUUCAAUUAAGUCAAACAAAGCUUUGCUCUUGCAAGUUAGGGCUGGUUUCCCAGUUGGCUCGGACUCAAAUGGACUUCCUCUGGUUUUGGAAUACCUUGAUAUUUCACUUCAGAAUUUUGAUUCUCUUCCUUCUUGGUUUUGGGACAAAUUUCGUGGAUUACCGUACAUAAACAUGUCUUUCAAUCAGAUCAGUGGUACUUUUCCAAAUAACUCUAUCCACAUAAUCCAACUAGAUCUAAGCUCUAAUAAUUUCUCAGGACCAUUACCACUUUUUUCUUUAGAAUUUGGUGUUAUCGGGACCAUUAACCUGUCCAAAAACAAGUUUAAUGGUUCAGUCUCUCCAAUUUGCAAUGUUAAUGAUGAAGGCUCUUUGGAAUUGCUUGAUCUCUCAAAUAAUCAAUUUUCUGGAGUGGUUCCAGACUGUUUUGGAAGUUUCACGCCUUUAACAGCUUUGAAUUUGGGUGAUAAUAGUUUCUCAGGCUCACUUCCAAGCUCCUUAGGAUCUCUGAUUUCUCUUGAAAUGCUAAGUUUACGUGGUAAUAAAUUCUCGAGUAUUACCUUCAUCUUUCUGAAUUGUGCCAAGUUAAAAUUUCUCGACUUGAGUGAUAAUGAAUUAUCGGAGAAAUACCGUGUGGAUCGGUCGAAGCUUUCAUCGUUGGUUUUCUUAGCCUUCAAGGGAACCAGUUCAAGGGAAGGAUUCCCCAUCAACUUUGUGGAUUGA